UUAAGCGCCGAGCAACUGCAUGCGAUGACCUUUGGCUGUGACAAAACUCAAAACUCUAACGGGUAUAAAUACGCAUUCAAUAGCCGACAUAGAUAUUAUCAAACUUUGACCGUUGUGGUGUAAACAGCUCAAGCAAUCAACAAACAAAAAAUGAAAUUCUUCGUUGCCGUAUCCUUCGCCUUGCUGGCUGUCGCAGCUGCCGAUGUCUCACAUCUCGGUGGUGGUGGCUACAAUUACCCUGCUCCCAUUCAUGAGGAAGUUAAAUCGGAACCAAUUGUACCACAAAACACUUACAUCCCACCCGCACCACCAGCACCAGCACCAUCCCAAGGCUACAACUAUCCAGCACCAGUGCACGAGGCCGUGAAAUCGGAACCGAUUGUACCACAAAACACCUAUAUCCCUCCUCCAGCACCACAAAACACUUACAUCCCACCCGCCGCACCUGUGCAAGAAGCUGUCCUCUCCGAACCAAUUGCGCCACCACAAAACACAUACAUUCCACCACCAGCAGCACCACAGAACACCUACAUCCCACCGGCACCAGUUCAGGAGGCGGUGCUCUCGCAACCAAUUGCUCCACCACAAAACACCUAUCUUCCUCCAUCAUCCUCCCUUGGUCAAGACGGUUACCGUUACAAGACCGUUCGUCGUGUUGUCUACAGACGCCGUUUCUAGAUCAGUCCACCGCUGUUGAUUGUUUAUUGUUGUUAUUAGUUAAUGUUGUUAAUGAGGAAUGUACCUGAAUAAUGCUUGAGUUCAAAAUAUAAUUGUUGGAAAUGUA